UCUCAAUCGACCUCAGCAUGCGCGACAGGAUCGUCGCAUCUCGGAUCGUCGCGCUCAAGCAUGGCUGCAGAGGUCACUCAGACUCAGCCUCUCUCUAAGGCAAACAGCGAUGGCACCGCCGCCAGCUCACCUUCUCAAAGCGACCUCUCCUUGCCGUCAUGCCUCGGGAAUACUACCUAUGGUGCACCGCACAGCACUUUAUGUAGUCUAAAACCUGGAUCUCUUUGGUUCCCCCACUUUAAAAAUAUUUUUCUCGCGGACAGCAGGCAAACGCGAAGAACGCCGCUCCACCAAGACCGCCCGUCUCGUCUUCUCUGCCCGAUCGCUGGACGGCCCCGUCGCUGCUCUCUCCUCUUCCUUGCCGACCUUUCUCGCCCUAUUGAUAGGCAAGAGCGACCAUGGCGGCGGCAAUCCAGAGACUCAUCCAGGCCUCGAGCGCGACGCUGCCUCGGCAGAUGGCCAGCGCGGGCUUCCUCUUUGCGACCGGCGACGUGAUCGCACAGCAGGUCAUCGAGAAGCGCGGCAAACAGCACGACCUUGUCCGCACUGCACGUCUCACAGCGUAUGGCUCCCUCAUCUUCUCGCCCAUUGCCGCCAUGUGGUUUGGCAAGGUUCUCGAACGAGUGCCCUUCAAGGGCCGCGCGGGCGUCGUGGCCAAAGUCGUCCUCGACCAGAGCCUGGCUGCUCCGGCGCUGCUCGGCGUCUUUUUCACCGCAACGACACUCAUGGAGGGCAAGGGCAUCGAGGACGUCAAAAAGAAGCUCGAGACCUCGUACUGGAGCACACUCAAGACGUCGUGGUGCGUCUGGAUCCCUGUUCAAACAAUCAACAUGGCCUUUGUCCCGCCUGCACAGCGCCUUCUCUUUGUCAACGUCGUCUCAAUCGCCUGGAACACCUUCCUGGCCCUCGUCGCCGGCGGCGGAGGGAGUCAGGAGCAAAAGAGCGACGCCGUCGAGCUUCCCUCGAUGGGCAGCGGCUCUUCCCCCUCGCGCAACAUCAAUGCGCUCCAGCACGAGCUGCGCGAGAUCAAGACAGACAAGCAGCAUUGAGCCUCUCUCUCUUCCCCUCAUAUCAUGCAAAAUGGCAGAGCAUCAAAUAGAACAAUGACAUAUAGAACGGGGGAGACAACG